GGUGUGUUCAGACCUGUAGCAGGCGAACGCUCGCAGAUGUCUCUCAGGUCAGUGGUUGCGGACUGGAUCUCAGCUGCAUGUACCGCCGCCGCCCGUCUAUUCUUAGCCUGGCCACAGGUAUGAGGGAUUUCUCGUUGACGCACUACAUUUCAGCGACAGUGACUCCACGAUCCGCCGCCGAGUGAGUACAAGAUCCUCUGUUUACAUUUUGUUUUGACUACUUCGCGUUGGAAAGCUUCUCCGGACACGAAGAGAACCGUGGACGCGGUUUCCAGAGUGGGGAUGAAGAAUAUCAAAUCUUGAUUGUCUCCUUAUAGAUAUUUUUCCCUCCUCAUAAUAAACUCUUCUGUUUUUACGCACAGGGAGUGCUCGGGAAUAUCGCAGCCAAGGCAACUGUGCGCACAGCAGAGCAUAGACCCGUGACAUGACAGACAUCAGCGGCUGAUUCACGGGUGAAAAACAGCCUCAUAAAUGUCAAGAAGAUGAAAUCCCCAGCAGGUCGGGAGAGCAACUCAGGAGGGUUUAUUAGGCCGCGCCACUUCACGCUCAUUUAACAACAGCGAGCCGAGGCGACUCCGACCGUUUAGAUCAGCCAGUCGGUGGAAAAGAGGAUCAAAAUGUCCAGAACACUGAAGAAGAAGAAACACUGGUCCAGUAAAGUGGUGGAGUGCGCCGUGUCAUGGGGGAACCUGGGGGACUUUGGCUCCGUGGUGGAGGUCCUCGGGGGAGCAGAGCUGGGACAGUUCCCCUACCUGGGCCAGAUGAAACUGGACGUGCUGGUGUGCCACGUCGGGAAGCUCCCCUACUACGGGGACGUGCUGCUCGAGGUGAACGGGACGCCGGUCAGUGGACUUACAAACCGCGACACCCUGGCUGUCAUACGCCACUUUCGGGAGCCGAUCCGCUUGAAGACCGUCAAACCAGGUAAAGUAUUAAACACGGACCUGCGCCACUACCUCAGUCUGCAGUUUCAGAAGGGCUCGCUGGACCACAAGCUCCAACAGAUCAUACGAGACAACCUCUACCUACGCACCAUCCCCUGCACCACGCGGCUUCCUCGAGAAGGGGAGGUGCCAGGAGUUGACUACAACUUCAUCAGUGUUGGAGACUUCAGGAUCCUGGAAGAAAGCGGUCUUCUCCUAGAAAGUGGGACCUACGACGGUAACUACUAUGGCACCCCGAAGCCUCCAGCAGAGCCCAACCUGGUGCAGCCGGACCUGGUGGAUCAGGUGCUGUUUGACGAAGAUUACGGCGGUGAGGUCCCCAGGAAACGCACCACCUCCGUCAGUAAGAUGGACAGGAAGGACAGCGUCGUACCGGAGGAGGAGGACGACGAUGAGAGGCCUCCUCUGGUCAAUGGAUUGCCCGAGCACAAAGAGGGAGCAGAGUGGAGGAAAGCAGUGCCCAGUUACACUCAGUCCAGCAGCACGAUGGACUUCCGCACAUGGAGCUCUCUUCCCCGUGACGACAGCCUGGAGCCUCUUCCUCUGAACUGGGAGAUGGCUUACACCGAGACCGGCAUGGUCUACUUCAUCGAUCACAAUACCAAGACGACCACGUGGUUGGACCCUCGCUUGGCGAAGAAGGCGAAGCCCCCUGAGAAGUGUGAGGACGGCGAGCUCCCUUACGGCUGGGAGGAAAUUGACGACCCGCAGUACGGCACAUACUACGUCGACCACAUCAACCAGAAAACUCAGUUUGAGAAUCCUGUCCUGGAGGCAAAGAAGAAGCUGAGCCAGGAGACGGCUGCAAUCCAGCAAGCUGCCGCAGCAACUUCCCAAGGCAAGGGAGCCUCAUCUGGCUUCACUGCAGACCCCAGCCAGCUGAAGGGGGAGAUGUACCACACAGCGCUGAAGAAGAGCUCCCAGGGAUUCGGAUUUACUAUCAUCGGAGGCGACCGUACAGAUGAGUUUCUGCAGGUGAAAAACGUGCUCAGCGAUGGUCCGGCUGCACACGACGACAAGAUGGCAUCAGGUGAUGUGAUUGUUGAGAUUAAUGGGCUGUGUGUGCUGGGGAAGACUCAUCCAGAGGUGGUGCAGAUGUUCCAAUCCAUCCCCAUCAACCAGUACGUGGACAUGGUGCUUUGCCGCGGCUACCCGCUUCCCCCCGACGUGGAUCUGAACAGCGACGACCCUCUUCCCCCUCCGCCCCCGCCGCCGGCCACCCAGCCCCAGCAGGCUCUGCACGGCGGAGAGGUGGUGACAGCCGUGCCCCUCAUCAACGGCCAGCCGCUGCUUGUGAAAGGCGACGUCCUCCACGGGUCCUCACAAGAGCUCCAUUAUGUCACCACCGACGCCAGCGGGCGGCCCGUCGUGGCCGCCCUGCCCAACGGAAGGCAGACGGAUCGGGGUGAGGGAGCCGUGGGGAUGCUGCAGCCCGAGCUGGUCAGCGUGCCGCUGGUCAAGGGACCCGGGGGGUUUGGGUUUGCCAUCGCUGACUGCCCUCUGGGCCAGAAGGUGAAGAUGAUCCUGGACGCCCAGUGGUGCCGCGGCCUGCAGAAAGGAGACGUCAUUAAAGAGAUCAACAGACAGAAUGUCCAGACACUCAGCCAUGCACAAGUGGUGGAUAUCUUGAAAGAUUUGCCAGUGGGGAGCGAAGUCAACGUGCUAGUGCUGCGAGGAGGUCAAACAUCCCCUGUGAAGAAUCUAAAACCUAGACAGGAAAUGACCGCCAGUACGGAGACUUUGGACGGUAUUGUGGACUCUGUGCAGCAGGCCUUGCCUUACCACUCCAACACAAGCACCCUGCGCUCCGUCGAGUCCCCAAAGCGAGACGUCACAGAGCUGUACCUGAAGUCCAAAGCCCUGCUGGAGAGCAGACAGCCUCACACCAAAGACAUUGAUGUUUUUCUGAAGAGAGACAUCGAAACAGGCUUUGGCUUCCGUGUUCUGGGAGGAGAGGGUCCACAGCAGCCAAAUGUUUUUCCCCAGGUGUACAUCGGGGCCAUUGUGCCCAACGGAGCGGCAGAGAAGGAUGGCCGUCUCAGAGCGGGAGACGAACUGAUCGGCAUCGAUGGCGUGAUGGUCAAAGGUCGCUCGCAUAAGCAGGUCUUGGAUCUGAUGACCAAUGCUGCCCGUAAUGGUCAAGUCAUGCUGACUGUUCGUAGGAAGGUCAUCUACAGAGAGGCGACAGACGAGGAGGUUCAGGACAUGACUCCGGUGCUGGUGAAUGGUUCCCCCAAACUACCUCGUCUGCCGAUGCCCAGUGCGCUGGACCACGAGUCUUUCGACAUCACUCUCCACCGGAAGGAGACCGAGGGCUUUGGCUUUGUUAUCCUCACAUCAAAGAGCAAGCCGCCGCACGGAGGUGAAAGAUGGACUUCUGAAGUCAUCCCACACAAAAUUGGCCGAAUUAUUGAAGGCAGUCCCACUGACCGCUGUGGUCUGCUGCAUGUUGGAGAUCGAAUCUCAGCAGUCAACGGACGCUCCAUCAUUGAGCUCUGUCACAAUGACAUUGUUCAGCUUAUCAAGGAGGCCGGCAAUGUUGUCACUCUCACUGUGGUUCCCGAAGACGAAUACAAGGGCCCUCCAUCUGGAGCAAGUUCAGCAAAGCAGAGCCCAGCUCUCCAACACAAAGCCAUGGGACAAAGCUAUAACCUGGACUUGGAUGAUAAAAGAGACGGGGUCAAUUGGUCCGACCACAAAUCACUUUCUCUUGGUGAUUCGGGAACACUGUGUGUGACAGGUCCCAACCAGGGCUGUCUGACAGUGGAGUUGGAAAGAAGCCCCAGGGGCUUCGGCUUCAGUCUGCGUGGAGGCACAGAGUACAACAUGGGCCUGUACAUCCUGAGACUCGCUGAGGAUGGACCUGCUCUGCUGGAUGGAAGGAUCCAUGUUGGAGAUGAGAUAGUGGAGAUUAACGGGGAGCCGGCUCGCGGCAUUUCCCACACACGGGCUAUUGAGGUAAUCCAGGCUGGAGGGAACAAGGUGGUGCUGCUGCUGAGGCCUGGAGCCGGUCUGGCUCAAGACGGCGGUCAACAUGAUCAAACACUCAUUUCACCCGCAAGCUCCUCCGGAGAAGUGUUUUUCUCCGACACAUCAUCCCAGUCCUCUCCAUUUCCCACCGGGGCUUCCAUCGUUGUGUCCCCUCCCUUCUCCAGCAAACUGAAGCAUUCGCGCAGCUGGAGCGCCGUAUCUCCACAAGGCCGCAAGCCCCGCAGCAGCAGGGCUCUGAGCUCGGUGGAGGAGAGCGGUGAGUGGGCGGGCGAGGAGGCAGAAAGGCGUCCUCCCGCCUCCCUGGAGCAUGCGAAGUUCUACAAGAGGACCAGGCCCACGAACGACUCCAGAGAGCUAAGCAGCCCAAAGAAAACAGGGGAGACUUUUCCUAAAGCCAAAGAGCAACAUCGCAGUCCAAAAAAGGCAGAGAGGCAGGCACAGGAAGCGACGCGGAGCACGGACAAGACGCCGCAGACACACACAAAGACGCUGCAAGCUGGACAGAAAGUGGCUUCACCUCAGCAGCGCGCAGUGCAUCAGAAAAGAUCAACGGAUCCCUCCUGCAGAGAGAGCUUAGGUCACGAAAGGAAAAACGGUGAAGGGGGGAAUCUCACCGCCAGAAGAUACACGCUAGAGAGGGCGAUGGAAGGGAGAGGAGAAAGGACCUUUCCUGAGCAGCAAAGCUUCAAAAAACGUGUGGUGGGAGAGUCUCCCCAUCACAGGACAGCGCCUAAUACAAUAAGAGAGAAUAAGAGAGGCUCUGUCAAAGACUCAGGGCACAGAGAGGUUAAUGGCAAGGGCAAGCCGAUGGGAAACACGACUACAAGUAAAGGUACGAUCAGCAAAGGAGAGUCACUGUCAUCUUUUAAAGAGCGAUUGAGUAGAAAAGGUUCUGUUGCUUCGCCGAGAGAAGCACAAGCAAGGGAAGAUGCUUUUUAUUACUCCAAAAGAGAAGGUAGUAAAGAAGACUUUGUGGCCUCUAUGAACAAUAUUCCAGGGGCCCCGCAGAGCCAGAAGGGACCUAUUAGUCCUGGCCCUUGGAAAGUGCCCAGUUCAGCCAGAAUCCUCUCCCGGGAAGAGGUCCUCAGUGACCCUCUGUGAUAGAAUCUCGAUUCACCAGGAAAUGAGCUGUGCCAUUGAAUAUUUAUCCAUAUCCUCAGCGGAUUGUUUUUUCUGAGUUCUUCCAUAAAACAGAGAAGUGCAAGAUGGCUCUCCUUUUAUUAUCACUGGACAGUGGCCAGAUUUGUAUUUUGGGAGUCUGGUGUCAUCACAUGUGGCAUGUAGCAGCUCCCCCUCUGCCUUGUCUGCUACUUCAGCAUCUUUGAUGUGGGACUUCAGCAUGUGCGGCAUGCUCAGGGGCCUUGUCAGACAAGAUACUUUGAAACGUGAAUAUGUGCCAAUCCUGGGAGCCUCCUGUGGAACAACGACUUACCAACGGAGCUUCACUCAUUACAAUGCAAUGACCCAUAUGCAAAGAAAGCAGAAAGGCCCUUGCCUCUAGCCUGUAGUAUACACCCACUACGACUGUCAACCAAGGUUUAAUUUCAUCCUCGGCGUCAUCGCGGGGUAUUUUGACUGUCCUUUUUUUCUUCGAGGUUUGCUCAGCUGCAUGCAGUCGAUCCUUUCUGUUUGUUUUACUGCACGUGCUCUUCACAUCGCUGAGGACGAACCCGGCUCGCGUUUCUGUUUCUCAUUCUGAGCGACAGGCAGACUUCAGAUACAAUCCAGCAGGCGUUUACUUUCGUGGGUACUUUAGACUGUUCAAGGGGGUAUAGUCACAACACUGCAUCAAAACAACCAGUACCAUUAAAAGACCAGAAACUUGUGGUUUGAGAUCCUGUUUACCAUGUGUAUGAUAACUAACCUGUGUGUAAUUUAUUGAGAUAAUAGAUGAAUAUAUGUAUAUGUAGCUGUACCAAGCCAUUCCACAUUUUGAUAUAGACUUUAAAAAAAAAAAAGUCGUCCCAUGUUAUUUGAGCUUUCACCUUAUUUCCAAUGUACUUCAGUGGUAGGAAAUUACCAUGACUUUGUAGUUCAUAAACUGUAUAGACGUAAUGUGCAAACUGCUGUACCAAAUGUUUGCAAUCGCUCAAAACGUGUCUCAUUGUGAAAUAUAUUAUAAUUAUAUAUAUUUGAAUGUGUUAUGUUUUGCAGAAUCUAACUAUCUAUUGAAUUCCAUUGCACUGCAUCUGCCCUUGUAGCAUAACAGAAUGGCCAUGAGUUGUUUUUAAGUGGUGAAGUUCAUUUGCUAUCAAUUGCAUUAUCGUUAUAAUUUUACAAAGCCUUUUAUUUUAUUUUUUUCUAAACGUUCACUGUUCAAGGCCAAAAUAGCAAUGCUCUGCAAGUUUUGCGUCAUGUCCUUGGUUGUUUCAAACACUCCUUAUUAAGAAAAAAAAAAGGAUAUUGAGGAUUUUAUUUGUAUGUAUUUGUCAGUCCUGCUAUGUGUUUGAGUGCCAGGGUAGUUGAAGGAUGAUAGAAGCCAGAGACGUGGUUGCUUAUAGAGAUAUUGAUCACACUACUGAUGCAAGGCUGCCUGAUAGACAUAGUAAAGUGUGGCUGGGUUGAUCAGUACAAGAUAAACAGAUCCGUCGUGACAGUGUGUUCUGUAAAAGUGACAAAUAGUCUUAUUUCACUGUUACUUUAAAUGACUUUAAAACAUCUGCUGUAAUAUCUGAGAAAAGUACUCAGCCUAGUCGCUCACACAACUCAAGAAAUUAAGGAAUAUUCAGUUGAGCUCAGGGAAAACAGUAUUGUAGCAAACGUGUGUCAGUGACAGUCACACGGUGGGGAAAAGUUUGAUUGUAUAAUGGAGUUUUCAGGUUAUAAAUCUAUAGGAGAGCCGGACAGUGGGAGGUUUCAGUGCAAUAGUUUGGUUGGUAGAACGGGUAAAAUCCAACCCUGGGUGUCGGGUACUCUGCUUCAGAUUCAAAAAAUUUUAUUUUAAUUGAAUUUUAUUUUAUGCUCCCCUGCACUGUUGUACAACUUUAUGCUUUUGUUCCAACCAUUCUGUGUCUCAUUUCUGCAUCAUACUGUGGCCUUGCAUUGCUUCAUUAGAAAAAAAAAAAACAAAAACAAUCCUUGUGGUAUCUUCUACAUUCUGUAGGAACAGUAGAUGUAAAUGUUUGUACAUUGUACAGCACCUUUAUAAAUACUUGCUGAGUGCUCUUUUGGGGAG